GUUUAUUAAGAGGAAGUGACUUACUGUCAACGUCAUAGAGUCUGGGUGGGUUCAUAAAUAAGAAUAAAGUGAACUCGCUGAAUGUUAACCCAACUUGAAGCACGGACGGAGAAUGACGGAUUGGAGAGGCAGAGCGCGCGUACUCACAAAGGACCCGCAGGUCUGACACCGCACGGGGUGGGGGACUGCGCAACGAAAUACAUCGCACUGAUGACGCUAAACACAGAGAGAGACAGCAAGGAGACUUUACGGAGACGGGCGAGUACCCCCAUACCCCCGUCCCACCGGUCAGUCCCCAGAGACAGAGAUGGACCUGCAGACCCGCGUCACCCGCCGCUCGGCCAGUCUGCGUCCUACCAUCCCGGGGACAAGACACUUCUAUCGCGCAUCAACUGGUCCUCUGAGUCGGAGGAUUCCGACAGCUCCGGGGCGGAUUGUCUUUACAGAGUAGUAUUGUUAGGAGACCACGGAGUAGGAAAGUCCUGUCUUGCUAAUAUCUUUGCUGGGAUACAAGAGAAGGAUGCAAAUGAACACAUUGGAGAGGACACCCACGAAAGGACUCUAACGGUGGACGGCGAGGAGACAACUCUUAUCGUAAUGGACACCUGGGAAACGGAGAAGCAGGAGGAAGAUGAGAAGUGGGUGCAGGAUUACUGCAUGCAGGUGGGGAACGCCUACGUCAUCGUCUACUCCAUCACCGACCGCGCCAGCUUCGAGAGCGCCUCCGAGCUGCGCAUCCAGCUGCGCAGGAUCCGCCAGGCCGAGAACAUUCCCAUCAUCCUCGUGGGCAACAAGAGCGACCUGGUGCGCUGCCGGGAGGUGGCUGUGGAGGAGGGCCGGGCGUGCGCCGUGGUGUUCGACUGCAAGUUCAUCGAGACGUCGGCGUCCCUGCACCACAACGUGAGCGAGCUGUUCGAGGGCAUCGUCCGGCAGAUCCGGCUCCGCCGCGACAGCAAGGAGACCAACGAGCGCCGCCGGUCCGUCUACAAGCGCCAGGAGAGCGUGGCCAAGAAGGCCCGCAGGUUCCUCGACCGCCUCGUCGCCAAGAACAACAAGAAGAUGGCCAUGAAAGUCCGCUCCAAGUCCUGCCACGACCUCUCCGUGCUUUAGUGGCACGCGCUAACUCUGACCUUGCCCAGCGCAGCAGCAGCGCAGGUUUAUGUUCUCCAUCAAAACGAACAAUUGCAAAUGGAGACUACUAGUAUUUCUGCUGGUUUGCUCAACCUGUAUAGCCACACACACACACACAUGCGUGCACACACACACACACACACACACACACACACACACACACACACACACACUCGCACACACACACACACACACACACACACACACACACACAAAAGUCAUAUGCAGUAUAUGACAGAGAAUAUUUAUUUUUACAUUACAAAACCAAUGUUUUUGCUGGUCAAUUCAGAUGACUAUUGUGUUAAAUGGCAGAUUUUGGCCAGACUCAAUCUUUACAAGAGGGACCAAGAUGUAUUAUAUCACAACUUCGGCAGAAUUGGAUUUAAUGUUGCUAAACCAGCGCCUCAACAGCUGUUUGAUUUAUCUGUUUGAGGGCAGGUGUGACACAUCUCAACUCUUUUAUCUUUGCCGUUUUUUCUGAAGGUAUGAGAAUGGUCAAAUCACCGAUUUUUCACUGACUUUGUAUAAACACGUUUUUUAACUGUUGUGACACUGGAGAACAUCUUUUUUAUACAUGGCAUCAAAUUAUAGAGUUUGAACAAUGAGAGUGGGUAUUAUUGUGUCAUUUACAGCCUAUAAUUGCAGCCUGAAAAGCUGUAAUUUCACUAUUUGAAAAAUACAUUUACAGCAAUUUGAUAAUAGCAAUAGGAAAGUAUCUGUUGCCUAAAGUCAGUUUUCAACUUUUAACACAUUUUUAACGCUUUCUCCCCCAAACAAGUCCAUAACUUUGCUUUACAGUUGAUAGAUUUAUUUUUCAGGUCUGUUGUCUUACUUCAUUGGAACCUGUACAACGUGUUGAGUGGGUCCUGCUUCUGUUUUUCCUACAAAAGAACUCACUUGACAUGGAUGACAAUAGCGGCAUAGCUUCAGCAGCAGCAGCUGGCAGCUUGAGUGCUCUGUGGGUGUUUUAUGGUAAAGAGAAACUUUCCACGGAGCUGAGAGUUCAGUCUGGAGGUUUCCGUAAUGGCUGCUCCGGGUCAGACCAGGGAUCGUUAAAGGGGAUGGGAGGACGUCGGUGUUGUCACGCUUCACGCUUCAAGAGUCAGAUUAUGUUUGUAACUACAAAAUGUUUCCUAGAUGUCAUUAGGGACCCCAGAAGUGUAACCAUAAUGUAUUCACCAAUCGCCAUUAGACUCGUUGUGAUCCUUAUUACCAGUGUAUUCGUUGAUUGGCGGAGCUUCUCUCUGGAUUUUAUGCGAAAGAUGAUAACACUAUUUCAGUAUCCGUGCAGAAGAAUGGGAACUACUCAGUCUCAGAAAAAGCAACCAAUCAGUAGCUCCCAGACCUGUGAUAAUCUCUGGAUUGGACAGCGGGUCCAUUCUAUCAUUCUGCUUUAGCUCAUAGUCAGUUGGAUCCCUGCCAGCUGCUGGUGUUUGUAUUGCAUUGUAUUGUAUUUUUGAGGCCUAAUUUUCAGUGUUUGUGUAUAUUUCAGGAUCAUCACAUCAAACAAAAAAAUAUUUCCAUGUCCUUGAUAAGACAAAAGUGGACCCUUUAGUAUUUUAACUGAAAUAUUUGACUCUUGGGUUUAGGAAUGUGAGAAAUGGGAGCAAUAACUUUUUUGUACAAUUAAUAAUGUGUUGCUCUGUACUUUGGUAUUGUAAAUAAAAUAAAUGUACAUGUGUGUUCAUGCACAAAUAUAUGUAUGUGUGGGUAUAUAUGUGUAUACAGUAUGUGCUGUAUAUCCACAUGUGUCUUUGACUUUUUUAUGAAAUAAAAGAUGUUGAAUUUAUACACCAGA